AUGGUUGUCUCUGCACCUCAAUCUCAGUCGCAGUCGCAGCCUCAGCCUCAGCCUCUCUCUGCGGAGGAAGAAGCGCUUAAGAGAAACACCGAUUGCGUCUACUUUCUUGCUUCUCCUUUAACCUGCAAAAAGGGAAGUGAGUGUGAGUAUCGCCAUAGUGAUGUUGCACGGGUAAAUCCAAGGGACUGUUAUUUCUGGCUGCAUGGUAACUGCUUAAACCCAAAGUGUGGUUUUCGGCAUCCACCACUCGACGGAUUGCUGGGAACAGAAACGCCAAUAUCUAUUGGGCCCUCUGAACCGGUGUCCCAAACUGCAGUGGCCUCUGCCCCAAGUGCCUCCACCAAACCAGGCGUGCCGUGCAUAUUUUUCCAAAAAGGGUACUGUCUAAAGGGCAACUGGUGUCCAUUUAUGCACAUGCCUUAUUCUUUGUGCAACAAACCCUUGCCGGUCCCAGUAGCUGCUACCAACCCCGUAAACAACAAUAAGACUUUAAGCGGACCACCCGAGAAGCACAUCCAGCAGAAAACAACCCCUCCAGCAAAUGUUGCUGAACCUGUCAACAACAACCUGGCAGUGGCAAAGUCAUUAUUCCCAGCAGACUCAAAUGAGUCGGCCAUUACCAGGAGGGUGGGCACACAAAAAACUGGCGCGACUGAGCUGCAUGGGUACAGGAACUCUACUCCCGUCUCAAAUGGAAACUCGGACAACUGGCCCAUUUACAUUCAGCAAUCUCGCCAUCUAGAUGAGCCCGAGCCCGAGCCCGAGCCUGAGCCUGAGCCCGAGCCCGAGACCGAGACCGAUCCAGAGUAUACUAACAGUAAGGACAAUGACGAGAUUUCAAGGGAGCCCUCUCCUGGUUUUGACGUCCUCGUGGAUGAUGAUUUGAGAGAUUCAGAAUACUACCCCUGUGAUGAUAGAUAUGGGCUGUCGAGGGACCAUGAGGACCAAAAUGAGUAUGAUAUUGGGCUCCAAAAUGAGCACAGAACUAUUGUUGGUUUGAAUGAUGAAGGUUAUCCGGGCCAUCCUGUCCGCUACGACUCGCACGACCUCCAAAGGGGGCAGUUCAAUUAUGAGCAUCACUUGGCCCCAUCUGAGCGGAGGUCGGGAAGGCCUCACGUGGAGCGGGGGGGCCUGCACGGAAGGCAUGAUGCUGUCGACCGGGUUGAUGAGCUGGACCUAAGGCACCGUCUGACGAAGCACAAGAAGCCCAAUGGACUUAGGUCUGUCAUCAGUCAUGGGAAUGCGCGUAAUUCGGACAGAGGUUACCGGGGACUGCGGAAGGAAAAUCAGCGGGAAAAUACGAUCAGUAGCCGCCUUAGGGGGAGAAUUGGUCUUCCUCAGAGAUCACUUUCUCCGAAAAACAAGCACCGUGUCAGGCUAUCUCCAGUAAGGGCAAAUGUGUCUGCACAUCGGGGAAGGGUGCGUGAUGUUGUGAGAGGAAUGGUGGACAAAGGCUUUAACAUGGGUGGGAGGAAUUACAGAAGUCCGUAUGAGAGACGAGACGGUGCGGGCGAAGAUGGUGUUAAUUUUUCUGGUCCGAAAAGUCUUUCGGAAUUGAAGAACCGGAAGAAUGUUGUAAUUGGGGGAAAGAGUAGACUCGAUCAACAAUCGCUCGGCAAGAGAAAGCACGCGCAUCAGGAGAGCAAAAACGACCUGUCAUUUGAGGGGCCCAAGCCUCUGGAGGAGAUUCUCAAGCGCAAGAGGGGUGGGAUGAGUCGGGACGCAUCCAACAACUACCAUAUUCUCAAGAAGGAUGAAAUUAAGGAAGAGGGAAAGGAUGUGACUGCCAAUGAUGAGGUUUACGAAUCCGACAUGGCAGCUCAGAAGGUAGAAGCGAAAGACGGGAAGACAGAAAUAGAUGGUCCACUAAAUGAUGGUGGGGAUCAAGAGUUUGAAGAAGGGGGGUAUGAGCCAGGGGAGGCGGAGUGGGAUAAUGAGCAGGCGGGGGGUGAGGAUUACAACUUGUAUGAAGGAGAUAAUGAGGAGUAUGCGGAUGAGGAUGAAGACAAUGAUUUUGCAAAGAAAAUGGGUGUGAUGUACUCUUGA